UUCUUCGUUCCCUCCUUCCCUCCCUCUCGGUCAGACCCGCCCUGCCCAACCCUGGGUGCAGGAAGCACCGUCUCUCCCCUCCGGCCUUUCGCCAGCUGCCAUGGCUGCUGCAGGGGGACCAGGUGCCUGGCGGGGCCUCUUCGCCCUGAGCGCAGCCGCUCGGCACUCGCUGGACAAGGCCCUACAAGGGCUGGAGAAGUUGCAGCGGCUGGUGGAGCAGCCGGGGCUGGGGCUGAGGAACAGCCCCCCCUGCCUGCUCCAGCUCCUGCCCCAGAUGCGCCAGCACCUGCUGCUGAUCCGGGGCCAGCCUGGGGCCAGCCUGAGCUGCCUCUGGGAGGCCGGCUACUUCCCUGUCUACAUCAACAACCUGCAGCGCAAGGUCAAGCAGGCCACCAAGCUCUUCAAGGGAGACCCGGUUGGAAUUUUCCAGGAGGGGUCGGCCUCCAGGAGGAUGCUGACCAAGCUGUCGCUGAUCUUCAGCCACAUGCUGGGGGAGCUCCGAGCACUGAUCCCCAAUGGGCAGGACCAGGGGCAUCAGUACCAGCCCAGCCAGCCACCCGCCAAGGCCUUCUGGAGAGGGACAUGGGGGGCACGGAGCCUGGUGUCAUGGAGCGAGUUCCAGGCGGGGCUGCAGCGGGUUCACCCCAUGGCGCCCGGCCCCAUGGCGGCAGCCCUGAAAGCCACCAUGGACCUGACCUGCAGCGACCACGUGUCCAUCUUUGAGUUCGACAUCUUCACUCGCCUCUUCCAGCCCUGGCCCACACUGCUGAAGAACUGGACGCACCUGGCAGUGACGCACCCGGGCUACGUGGCCUUCCUGACCUACGACGAAGUGAGGGCGCGGCUGCAAACCUACUCCAACAAGCCGGGCAGCUAUGUGUUUCGGCUCAGCUGCACGCGGCUGGGGCAGUGGGCCAUCGGCUACGUGAGCCGGGACGGGAGCAUCCUGCAGACCAUCCCACAGGACAGACCCCUCUUCCAGGCUCUGAUCGAGGGGCACAAGGAGGGCUUUUACCUGUAUCCAGAUGGGAAGAACGUGAAUCCGGACCUGACAGAGCUGACAGAAUCGACGCCUCAGAGCCGGAUCGAGGUCUCACCGGACCAAGCCCAGCUCUACUCCCAGAUGGGAUCCACCUUCCAGCUCUGUAAAAUCUGUGCCGAGAACGACAAGGACGUUCGGCUCCAGCCAUGUGGGCACCUGCUGUGCAGGGACUGCCUGAACACCUGGCGGGUGAGUCUGACCUCUGACCCCUGA